AUGCCCUACGUGCCCUGUACCGUGGGUGUCUUAGGUGCCGUGGGUGUCUUAGGUGCUGUGGGUGUCUUAGGUAUCUUGGGUGCUGUAGGUGUCUUGGGUGCCGUAGGUGUCUUAGGUGCUGUGGGUGUCUUGGGUACUAAGGGUGUCUUAGGUGCUAAGGGUGUCUUGGGUGCUAAGGGUGUCUUAGGUAGCCUAUAUUUCUAG